AUUUCUGGAUUUUUUCAAACUCUUACUUUUUAUAUCCCUACUCUGUGGGAUGAACAUGGUGGUCAUGUUUUGUGUUCGUGCUUGCUCUGGUCUGGUGGGAAUGCGGAUGGCACCUCCUCUUCGAUUUUUGCAUUCUUUUCCUGGCAUGACUGUUUCUCAGAUUGAUGAAGAGGUAGCCAAACUUCUGGAGCUGAAGGCUCAGUUAGGAGGUGAUGAUGGCAAACAUCAGUUUGUCCUCAAGACGGCAAAGGGAACGAGGGAUUACAACCCCAAGCAGAUGGCUAUUAGAGAGAAAGUCUUCAACACAAUCAUCAGUUGCUUCAAACGCCAUGGAGCAGAGACCAUCGACACACCUGUCUUUGAACUAAAGGAAACCUUGACAGGAAAGUAUGGAGAAGACUCCAAGCUUAUCUAUGACCUCAAAGACCAAGGAGGAGAGCUGUUGUCCCUCAGAUAUGACCUCACCGUUCCCUUUGCCCGUUAUCUGGCAAUGAACAAGAUUACCAACAUCAAGCGUUACCACAUUGCUAAGGUCUAUCGUCGUGACAACCCAGCCAUGACACGUGGACGCUACAGAGAGUUCUACCAGUGUGAUUUUGACAUAGCAGGGCAGUACGAUGCCAUGAUUCCAGAUGCAGAAUGUCUGAAGAUCGUCCAUGAAAUCCUCAGUGAGCUGGACCUUGGGGAGUUUCGCAUCAAGGUCAAUGACAGGCGCAUUCUUGAUGGGAUGUUUGCAGUGUGUGGUGUUCCAAAUGACAAGUUCCGCACCAUAUGUUCAACAGUGGAUAAACUGGACAAGAUGUCCUGGGAGGAUGUGAAAAAGGAGAUGGUGAAUGAGAAGGGCCUGUCAGAAGAAGCUGCUGACCAGAUUGGGGAGUAUGUCAGCAUGCAGGGUGGCAAGGAUUUAGCAGAGCGUCUCCUUCAGGACGAGAAAAUGUCUAGGAGUAAGCAGGCCUGUGCUGGCCUGUCUGAUAUCCAGCUGCUAUUCAGCUACUUGCACCUCUUCCAGGUCACAGACAAGGUUGUGUUUGACCUCAGCCUGGCCCGGGGUCUGGAUUAUUACACAGGGAUCAUUUAUGAGGCAGUGCUGACUCAGGCAGGUGUGGCCCCUGUUGCCACUGAAGCCCAAAAUGGGCCCCCUGGAGAGGAAAACGUCAGUGUGGGCAGCGUGGCGGGGGGCGGUCGCUAUGACGGCCUGGUGGGCAUGUUCGAUCCCAAGGGCAAGAAAGUGCCUUGCGUUGGCGUCAGCAUUGGUAUUGAAAGGAUCUUUUCCAUCAUGGAGCAGAAGGCCGAGGCCUCAUCGCAGAAGGUUCGUACUACAGAGGUUCAAGUCAUGGUGGUUUCUGCUCAGAAGAACCUGUUGGAGGAGAGACUCAAACUGGUCACUGAGCUCUGGAAUGCGGACAUUAAGGCGGAGGUCAUGUACAAAAAGAACCCUAAGCUGCUGAGUCAGCUGCAGCACUGUGAGGAGUCAGGCAUCCCCCUGGUGGCCAUACUUGGAGAACAGGAGCUGAAGGAUGGAGUGGUCAAACUGCGCGUCGUGGCCUCUAGAGAGGAGGUCGAUAUAUCCAGAGCUGAGCUAAUAGCAGAGAUCCGGAGGAGGACUACAGCCUAGCCAUUCCACAGUCACAUGAUAAAGUACAGAAUUCUUUAUCUGGUUCUCUGCACGGAAAACUGUAGAUCGAUGACUCAUGAAACAUCCUACUGCAUUGACUGGUAAUGAGUGAAGCAUUGAGCUGUUAGUGUGUUCAGCUGCUCCUGUGUAGAUGGUGAACCAGACUCAAUGAGCAGGAACUUUCUACAUCACCCAUCACAACAUUUGGUGCACUUCAGCUCUUCUCCCCCUGGAUCACUGCUCAUUCUGUCCAGUGAAAUAAAAACAUUAUGGUCAAUGAAACGCA